UGGACUUGAUUGGGUUGCUGCAGCGCUGCUAUCCCUCUCUCUGUUGGUAAAUAUAUGAUCAAGUGUACCUAGUUGUCUUCUUUUUUCUUAAUGUUUUUACUUUUACUAUCCAGGUCUGCUCUAUCAAAUGGAAAUCAGCUGAAGCCUUCAUUAGUCGAUACCACUCCACAAGCUGAACGCAAAUCAACAUCUCCUUAUGGGCAUCACAAUUGAUGCAUGGUAUAGUGGAACCAAGUCUCCACCUUUGGCUGCUGGAUCCCAAGCUUCCAAAAGGACCAGAUCACCUUCUAAUCCUCAUGAGGAUGGUUACUUCAUGCUCUUCUCAUUCUGCUAGCAAUGAGAUGGAAAGGAACUGCAAACAAAAGCUAGGCGGCUUGAUCGUUUUAAAGAUGAAAUAAAAGAGAACAUAGAAUAUAGUCCUGAUUUUUCAACCUCUAGAACUAUGGGAAAUAAAGCUCUAUCAAAUCCAAGAGAGAAAUCUAGGCCAAUUGCAGGGACUAUUUCCCCCUUAUCUGAUCCGGGGCCCUUACAGGGUGGCUGGGCUUCGUCCUGAUAUGUGUCCAGAACCCGAAAGGGAAGAGCGUGAGCACAAAGGUGAUCUGGACAAGUAUGAACAUCUCAACGGAGAUAGAAACCAAACAUCCAAAUUUUUGGCUGUGAAAAAGGUCUGCUUUUGACCAACUUGCAGGAUUUUAAACUAUGAUCUGUUGGACUAUGAAAAACCAUUGUCAGUUGUUGUCAUCUUUUUCCAGUGAAAAUGAUUGGCAGAUGUAGAGAGUGGGACUCAACAAUAGGGCCCUGUGAUGUUCUGAUGUUCCCAUGCUCUCGAAUACUGUCCAUCGUUUUAGUAUACUUUCAUUUGAUUAAUGUUGAAUGGAAAACAUCAUUAAUAUCUUUUUCCUGGUAAGUUCAGUAUAAUAGGACAGCCGACAGAGAAGCUCACUUGAUACGGCCCAUGCCAGUCUUGCAGAAGACUGUAAAUUAUCUUCUAAAUUUGCAUGAAUCAGCCUUAUGAUGACCAAUUGUUGGCCUGUAUAACUUCUUGUGGGAUAGGAUGAGAGCAAUCCGAAUGGACCUAAGGAAGCAACAUAUCUUCAACCGAGAUGCACUAUUAAUGCAGGAACAAAAGGUCUCUUUCUCUCUGCCUAUCUCUCUCUCUCUCUCUCUCCUCCCCCAACCCCCUAAUAAAAAAAAAAGGUUUCUGCCUUUACCAGAUUACUAUUGUUUAUCAAUGUGAGACAUGAUGACCAUAGUUUAUAGUGAUGCAUUUCAUAUAUUGGCCACAACAAUUCAACAAUUUUAUGCCCGCUUGUGCCAGAUAAGGUUUCAUAUUAUAGCCAUGCAUGAGCUGUGUGAGUACACAGAGGGAGAGGGAUUCUCCAAGGGCUUUGAAGCACAUCUCAAUAUUGAACAAAUGAACAAGACAUCGGUGGAGCUGUUUCAAAUGUAUGAUGACCAUAGAAAGAAUAAAAAUAGUGUGCCUACUGAGGAGUUCAGGGGCUAUUAUGCUCUUCUUAGCUAGACAAGCACACAGGCUACAAUGUAAUUUAUCUUCGGAAAGUACACGAUAAUGCAGUAUGGUGUAUGGUUCUCCUUAGGCUUUUUUGUCUGUUGUCCAGACAGUUUAUGGCUUUGUUCUAUUUUUAUCAUACUAUGCUCAAUUAUGGUAUAUUUUUCUGGAGUAAUUGUAAGAUUCGUACUUGAAUAUUAGUUUGAUGGUUUUAUGUUGUCAUGUUGGUAUCUUUGUUAGGUGGAGCCUGCAGAACUCUCCCUUGAUCUAGCAAAGAUGACUCCUGAAAUAAGAAAUUUGCCUGAAGUCUUGUUUGCUCGUGCUGUUGCAAGAGCUUGCUGGAUGGGUAACUUUAUCGCCUUUUUCCGACUUGCCAGAAAGACAGCUUACUUGCAUGCUUGAUGCAUGCUCACUUUGCCAAGGGGGAAGAUAUUGAAAGCCUUUUGCAGUAUCAUGGGUCUUUAAUUAAACACUUUGAAGAUGCCUACAUGGUGAAGGAAGGCCCCUUUCUUAAUGCUGACAGGGAUUAUGUGACCAAGUGCUCACGGCUUGUUCACCUUAAAAAGUCAGCCAAAGUUGUUGAUGAUGUUGUUUCUAAUAAGCAGGUGACACACCUGCAAGUUGAGAAAAGGACAGGCAAUGUCAUGGAGAAGCCUCACAAGAAAAUUGGACAUUUGAUAAAAUCUAAAUGGGUUGAUUCAGCGGAUGAAGGAAUGCAUUAUAGUGAUGCUGGCAUUUUUUACAAAGACAAUCAGCAUGACUCAAUGUUUAAAGCACCAUUACUGGUUAAUAGUUCACCAUUGCCAAUCAAUAGUGAAUUCAUAGCCAAUACAUAUAUGGUGGAGUCACCCCAGUUUGCCUCAGAUCAAGAUGGUUCUCAGCUUGUGGCCAUGGAAAUUACAAAUGAGUGCCAAUUAACUGAAGAUGAUAACCUAAUGGAUCAGUCAGUGGGACAUAUGUAUCUCCCUGAAGUAGAUGAGGCUCCAGAGUUUGGCACUUCAAAGGUCUUGGAAAUCAACAAUACCAAUGAAGAACCAGUAAGGUCAAUGGCAUUGAUCGAGCAUGUUGACAAUGAGGUUGAAAUGGUUAAUCAGAAAGAUGAAGCUGACAAUGCAAGACUAAAACUUAUCAUAAGAUUAUGGAAACAGUGUUCUAAAAAGCGUAGAGGCCUGAGAGCAGCAUCAGUUGAUGUCAAAUGCUGCGCUGAGUUCCCUGUCAUUGGGACCACCAAUUCGACCAAAUAAAUUGGUACUUGGUUUUUCUUUUUCUCUUUUAUCUUUUACGUAACCGAUGAGGUGCUUGUUAAUCAUCAGAGGAAGAAAAGCAUUAACGUGCUUAUGCUAUUUCACCUUCUUUUGCUUCAAUAUUUUCCGGUCUUGUAUUU